UAGACGUUGGGGCUCCCCGGGGGCCUUCUGUGCUGCUCCUUCGGAUGGAUUCUAUGAUUCUGCAGGAGCAAUUAGUUGCAAAGCUGCUUUUACCCCGCUCUCAAGCCCAGCGCGCUCAUUCGGCCAAGCUGAAGGACCAUGAGAAGCAAUAUGUGGGAUUUGCCACCCUGCCCAAUCAAGUUCAUCGGAAAUCUGUGAAGAAGGGCUUUGAUUUCACCCUCAUGGUGGCAGGAGAAUCUGGUCUGGGCAAAUCAACCCUGGUGAACAGCCUGUUUCUGACAGAUCUCUACAAAGACCGAAAGCUUCUUAAUGCUGAGGAAAGAAUAAAUCAGACGGUAGAGAUUGUGAAACAUACUGUGGACAUUGAGGAGAAAGGGGUCAAGCUGAAGCUAACAAUAGUUGACACCCCAGGCUUCGGAGAUGCCGUGAACAACUCAGAGUGUUGGAAGCCGAUCACUGACUACAUCGACCAGCAAUUUGAACAGUACUUCCGGGAUGAGAGUGGCCUCAACCGGAAGAACAUCCAAGACAAUCGAGUGCACUGUUGCCUCUAUUUCAUCUCGCCCUUUGGCCACGGAUUAAGGCCAGUUGAUGUGGAAUUCAUGAAGGCGCUCCAUGAAAAAGUGAACAUUGUUCCCCUCAUUGCAAAAGCCGACUGCCUUGUUCCCUCCGAGAUCAAGAAGCUAAAAGAACGGAUCCGGGAAGAGAUUGAUAAGUUUGGAAUUAAAGUUUACCAGUUUCCAGAAUGUGAUUCUGAUGAAGAUGAAGACUUCAAGCAACAAGACCGAGAGCUGAAGGAGAGUGCCCCCUUUGCAGUCAUUGGCAGCAACACGGUGGUUGAAGCCAAGGGGCAGAGGGUGCGAGGACGACUCUAUCCCUGGGGCAUUGUGGAAGUGGAAAACCAAGCGCACUGUGACUUCGUGAAGCUACGGAACAUGCUGAUCCGAACUCAUAUGCAUGACCUGAAAGAUGUCACAUGCGAUGUUCAUUAUGAGAACUAUCGAGCCCAGUGCAUCCAACAGAUGACCAGCAAACUGACUCAGGACAACAGGAUAGAAAGCCCAAUCCCAAUCUUGCCACUUCCAACCCCAGAUGCCGAAACAGAGAAGCUGAUCAAGAUGAAGGAUGAAGAGCUUCGGAGAAUGCAGGAGAUGCUGCAGAAGAUGCAGCAGCAAAUUCAAGAGCAGUGAGAUGAAGCCAGGAUGAAGAAAGCAAUGGGGGUGCGCCCUGGUGUCCUUCUGCCUAUAACUGCUUUAGGAAAGUUUCUCCUGUGAUUAAAACAAGCAAAGAGACUUGUGAGCGAGGGGCACCACCCACUUUCUCCCUCCAGAGCUGAAGAAUGGUCUGCAAGAUGUCAGCGAGAUGGGAAGAUGGUCCACCUCCCCUCUCCAGAAUAGGUGUACUAAGUUCUUCUCCGAGAGCAUUCUGGUAUUUAAAAAAAAGAAAAAGAAAAAAAAUCCAUUUCUGGGGCAUAUGAAAAUUGAGGACUUUGUGGACAUGCACGUAAAUGUUUACUCCUAACCACGGUGCUGUGAUCUUCCUCCUCUUCCAAGCCUUCCCUCCCCUCCCUUAACACCCGCCUUCUUGUGGGGACAAAAUGCUGAGUAAUACUCUGAAUGAAAUGCUUGUGAGACUUCCUGGACGGAUUUGAUCUUGCUUGGAGAACACGCUUUUUUCAUUCUUUUUUCCCCUGGCCCGGUUUGAGGCAAGUAGCAGAGAGUUGGCUGUGUUUGGGGACAGUCUUUUGAUGGGUGUCGUCGUUCCUGGCUGAUUUUCCACCCUGCUCCACCCUCCAAGAAACACAAGGCAUUUUUGGACUGGCGGGCAGGGUGGAAGAAAGUGUGAAAUGUCUUGUGAAUGAGAAUGCAAAUUGUUGCCUUUCCUUUCAAUGACCUGUCUCUCCAGAGAUGUGUGACUUUUCCAAGUGACCAAGGUUUCUGUUUGUACUGUGAGAUUCAGUAUUGUCUUUGCACACAGGUUGGCAUUGCCUCUCUUGCCAAACACAGAUAAAAACAGGAUCCACCGAUAAAGAUCUGUAUUGGUUCUUG